UCAUUGGUGGACGGUUUAGCCCCGCCUAGACUAGACCCGUCCCGCCACAAGGCUCGAUGCCAAUUGGGGAAUUUUUUUUUCAAAUUGUCCGCGAAAAUGCAACCCCCCUCUCCCCAAUGAAGGCUUCUCUUCUGGUUGGUUAGACUCCCAACAUCCCGCGUAUUUUGCAGCUAUUAAAGCAGAACUUUAACCGGCGAGAGGCACAUUUUGUCCCAAGUUUUACUUCGGAAAGAAAUCUUCAAGAUGAGCGGAAGAGGCAAAACCGGCGGCAAGGCCCGAGCAAAGGCCAAGACUCGUUCAUCCCGUGCCGGACUGCAGUUCCCUGUCGGUCGUGUCCACAGACUCCUCCGCAAAGGCAACUAUGCCCAGCGCGUCGGUGCCGGGGCUCCCGUCUACUUGGCGGCGGUGCUCGAAUACUUGACCGCUGAGAUCUUAGAGUUGGCCGGCAACGCCGCACGCGACAACAAGAAGACAAGGAUCAUCCCACGUCAUUUGCAGCUGGCCGUCCGCAACGACGAAGAGCUCAACAAACUCUUGGGUGGAGUGACCAUCGCUCAGGGCGGCGUGCUGCCCAACAUCCAGGCCGUGCUUCUGCCAAAGAAGACGGAAAAGGCUGCAAAGGCCAAGUAAAUGACCGACACCCAAACG